CGUUGAUGUAGUCGGAGUCGGGCUUCGUUUAAGGUUGAGUUGCAGUUGUGUAGUGCUGUUGGAAGAUGGCUGUGAUGGCUAGUGAGGAGUGUGGUGUUAUAUCCACCAAAGGAGACAGGUGAAAAGUUUUGUGUGGAUAUGAAUGUAUAGUAAGUACAACGGGAACAAGGAUACAUAGUUUGUAAUUAAUGAAUAAAAUGUGUCAGUUAUUCGGCGGUAGUUCUGUUUCUGUGCUGUAAUUUCUGUAGCCUUUCGCUUCAAAAAAUAGAACACUGAACAUUUUAAAACAAUUGGUCUUCUACCAAAACACUUCAGUUGCAAAAUUUUAGGUUCAGGUGUUGAGUGAAUUACCUAUAAUAAUUGUUUUUAUUACAUUUAUAAAAUAUGGAUAAAACACUAAGUUCUUGCAGACGACGUUCAUAUAAGACUGUCCAAAAAAUGUGCGACUGCUGCAGUUUAUGUCAAAGUGUGUGACAACAUGUCAUCAACACUGAUGAGGUCCGAAUGCAGAAAAUUCGCCCCGAACAUCUUUAACAAAAGCAAGUGCACCAACUGCUUUAGACAAAAGGAGGAGCACAGUGCUGAAGCUCUCCAGAGUAACAGGGCUACCCGGAAAGUGGCGAAAUGCGGGUACCUGUUUGUAGCUCCAGGAUGGGAUUUUUCGAAUCCGCUCAACCGCACCAAGAGAUGGCAGCGACGUUGGUUUGUGCUGUACGACGACGGGGAGCUGAGUUACUCCGUGGACGAACACCCGGACACUGUGCCUCAGGCCAGCAUCGACAUGAACAAGGUGUUGGAGGUGACGGACGGCGAGGAGGUCACAGGUCACGCUUUCAGUUUGGCCAUAACCGCGCCAGACCGAGUCCACUUCGUGAAGGGAACUUGCCGUGAAGAAUGUCGUUGGUGGGGCGACGUUCUUGCUGUCUUCCCUAGAAGUAAGGGUCGGCAUAAACGGAAUGCUACCUUCCCUGGAGGUCAGACGACCAGUAUCCUCCAGCAGCCUCCUUCAGUCAGAGCUGCAACACCAAGUGAACCGAGGCCAAGAUUCAACAGCUGUCAUACUGAACCGAGCUCUCUGAGGCAUAGUCCAGCACCGUCGUGGUUACCAGUGGAGACAGAAGCUUUCCCGACACGAGAUGUAACCACGCCAACUGAAACCCAACCAACACCUGAACUACCAGUUACAGUACCUGUUGACUUGAGGAAAGUUUAUCAUGACCAACCAGCUUCCUCUGCAUCACCGCCUACAAGGGAUAAGAUUCAGAGUGAGGAGAAGAUUAGGACACGUAGAGUUGCAAACCGGGAGAAACGCGGGGUGAAAACUGGACGGAGUUUCUCUGAGGAUUUCUCGGGAAUGCUACCGACGUGGAGGGAUCGUAGCAAGACGGAGAGUCCAAGUGAACACACUGAUGCACGCAGGAUUUUGCUGGAUGAAUAUACAAGUGAAUGUGACAAACAGCGUGAAGAGAAGCUGAAGGAUAUCGCAGAAUCGCUAACAAGACCGCGCUGUCGGCGUAUCAAUCAGUCUCGCAGUACCGCUGCGGCUGCGAACUCUGUUUACCAGCCGCAACCCACGAGAGACGGAGAAUGCAGCGAGGAGGAGCGGAAGAAGGACUUCAGUAGGACAGGCAGUCCAGUAAUCUCUCACUCUGACCAAAUUGAUGGUGGUGGAGAUAAACUUGUCCGUGGAGAUCCUGAUGGCUGUGGAUUGGACAUAUCUACACAUCGCUACUCUCCGAGCUCAGAGCUGCGUGUUGAUCUCCCGGCAGAGGAUUUAUUGAAUAUCAAGAAGGGAUGGCUCAUGAAACAGGGUCUCAGUAAAGAAUGGAACAAACACUGGUUUGUUUUGCGUGGAGCAGCACUGAUGUACUACCGUGACCCAACAGCUGAGGAUAAGGGUAUUCUCGAUGGAGUAAUCGACCUCAAUGGUAUUAACUCCAUAUCUGAAGUUCAAGUUGCUCGCAACUAUGGUUUUCAAACCUUGACGUGGGAUGAUCGUCGGUAUGUUCUCUCGGCUGUGACGGCUGGUAUCCGUUCUAACUGGAUGUCUGCGUUGCGUAGAGCAGCGGGCCUACAAGAACCGCCUGCUGCAGGAGGCUGUGACAAAACUCUUAGUGUGGGCGAAAAGCUUGAACAAGAACUGGACAGUUCACAGCAGCUUAUGUCACCCGUCGGACAGUUGGAACAAGAACCUUCAGUUGUCCCUAGUACACCUCUUACUCCUCGGUCAAUACUCUUCUCGUCUGACGAAGAGUAUCGCACUGCGUCGGAGGGAGGACGCAGGGAAAGUGAAGACUGGGGAGAGCCUCUUGCUCCUCUCCCGCCUUCACCACCCCUCAACAGGACACCCAUAUCCAGAGUUAAAGAAAAAGCCAGGUCACGUGUAUACAGGAGGUCACGAUCAUCACCGCCAUCAUCAAGGCGAUCAACUCUGGACUCGAUUCGGGCUGACGAUCUGUUGUUAGCCUGUUGUGGCGAACUUCCCGAGUCUGAUGCUGAAGAAAGUGUUGGAGUGGAUUCUGUGAAGAGUUCGCUAUAUGACACUGAUAACCAGUCAUCUGAGAUGGAGGAUCUCAAGCGUCAGUUAAAUGUGGCGCUCUGCGAAGUGAGCAGCGCAGAGAAGGAGCUGCUGAGACUCCGUCAGCGGAAGACAGAUGUUGUAGCUCUUGAACAGCAGUUGCAGGAUUUGCUUAAGACGUUGGAACAUACUCAACAGGAACUUAGACAGAAAACCAAAGAAGCAGCCGAAGCAGAAGCUUUGAGGAAAAGCUAUGGUGAGCUGCUGAGAGAGCAUGAGGAGGUGCUGACUCAGUGGCGACAACAAGCAAAUGGCGAGGACUGGCGAGAGUUGUAUCAGCAACUGGAAGCUAGAUACCAUGAAGACAAUGAAGAAUGGCAGCAAAAGCUGACUGAUGCAGAGUCAGCAUUAGCUGCAGCAUGUUGUCGGUCUGAUGCGCUGACUCGAGAAGCAGCAGAAGCAGCCUCUCUUGGUGACCAGUUGGCUCGAGGCAUCGAGGAAAACGAGGCAUUGUAUAGACGCGUUCGUGAGUUGGAGGGACGUGCAGGCAGCGCUAGUGGCAGUUCUGCUGGUGGCAGCAAUGGUCUGUCAGCAUCAAGGGAGAAAGGCCGAAGUGUUGAUUCACUUAGUGAUUUAACAAAUAUAGACCUUGAUCUGGAUCUUGCACAGAUUGACAAAGAGAGGUUAGUGGAAGAAUAUGAGGACCUGCGUGGUCGGUUUGAGAAGGCUGUGGCAGAGAUACGUGCCAUGAAGCGUGAAUUGCGUGAAUCCCAUGCUCUAUAUGAUGAUCUGGAACUGACUCUGAUCACACUACGGCAAGAUGGGAAGAGGCGAGAAGAAGCCUGUGAUGCCCAGGCUGCUUUAAUGGCUGCAAGAGUGGAGGAUCUUACAUUGAAGCUCACUGCUGCUGAGAAACAGGUUCGAGCACUAAAACAAAAGCUCUCAAAAUCUGAUUCUCGUGAAAAGCGGCGGUCCUUAUCACUGAAGGGACGUGAAUCAUUCCAAAUUUGCAAGGAGCUAGAAGAGAAAUUGACUGAGUUGGAAGCCAAAAUCACAUCCCUAGAAACAGGGCAGCCAGUAAUGAUACCUGCAUCACCAAGACCCGUCAAGCACACAAGAAGUGAAUCUCCACAAAGCAAAAGGGUUACAAGUAAUGGCGAUGGAGUUUCAAGGGGCUCUUCCCGUGUGCGACGAAAAUCUCUGGACAGUGCUACCAGCUCUGAGCCAAUGAAGGUCUUGAUCCGUCUCUCUUCUUUGGAAUCCAAAGUUGCAAAGGCAGCUGAUAGGAUAACAAAGAAGGUUGGAGAUGAUUCAGGGCAGUUGGUGUCACACAGUAAGGAUGUACACCUGUCCUCUCAGAAGCGCUUACACCAUGUGGAGGUGAGUGUGGAACCCGCACCAGACUCCAUAGGCAUAGAAGUUGAAAGGAUUUUCAUUCUGGAAAAUGCUGUGGUAACUGCAAGAGCCAAAGUACAAGAAUGUCUUAAUCUAGUAGCAUCAUUUAAAUCAUCAGUUUCAAAAAGUCAUCCAUCUUAUUCUGAUGGCUUCCAGUGUCUUGAGGACUGUUUGGGUGAAGUGAAACAUGUCUUAGAAAAAUGCAGUGACAGUGGUAAUGAGACUGAAUUUAAAGUCAUUAGUGGUUCAAGCAAUUCAGUGGAAACUGUUCGAUAUGCAGCAGUUCAGUGCGUAGUAGGAAAACUUGAAAACCUUUUGCAGACGAAGCUGAAGGACAUAGCAGUAAGAAAAGCAGAGUUAGUCAAACUGGGGAGAUUUGACAGGAAAGCCCGUAUGCAACUUCUUGCUGAGAAACUUGCUUAUGAAUCUGUACUAGUUGGUAGGAUAGCACAAGCUGUUACUUGUUCUGAGGAUAACAGCAGUAGCUUCAGAAAGCGAGUCUUAUAUUCAGAGAUUGUAGAGUGCAACCGGUUAAUUCUUGAGCUAAAGUCAAAACUGAAAGGAACUGGAGACGUUAAGUCAGACUGCUAUGAAACAUCACUUGUGCACCUUACUAGAGUCCUGUCAGCGAGAUUAAUGGCGCAGGGACGACUGGCUUCCAGCUGUGGAUUUUCAAGAAGUGAAGUAGGUUGGAACCUAAAACCCAGUAGUACAGAUGCUACAGAAAUGUUGCUUAAGCAACAGCAGGAGUUAGAAGAGUAUAUGAGAGAAUAUAGGAUGGUGAAGUUAGAACAGUUGGCACAGACACUGGCUAUCGAGACCCUGAGUCUUGCGAACGAACACGAACAUACGAAAAAUAUUUCAGUGGAUAAAAAGUUGGAGCAACAGAAAUCUGGACGAUCUCCAUCUUUAACAUUGGAAGACCGAAGGAUCCGCGAGGCAUGGACUAUGGCACAGGAAACUGUGAAUCGUGAACUAAUUCAAGCUGAGAUUUCACAUGUUACCAUGCGCUGUGGUCAAGCGUAUGAAACUAGUCUUGCUGUGGAACAGGAAGCAAUGUUCAGUUUCUUGGCAUCACAACGCGCAGUUUUAGAACAGUGGUCAGACACAGUUGAAGGAAUUCUGAGGCAAGAAAUGGAAUCAGGUAUUGAUGAACUGACAAGAAAGUAUGAGGAGUGUCUUGCAAAGUUGAAAGAGAAGUCAUUAAGAUCAUUAAGUCAUGGGGAAGAAAGUAUGUUAGAAUCAAGAAGAUUGCUUUCAGAAUUUGCAGACAUGAUUGCUCACAAAGCAUUAAUAGAUGCCCGUAUUGCUGUUAUAUGCAAUGAAACACCCCCAGUGGAAUCACCACAUAAUUCCAUCACAAAUGGCACUUCAAACGAAGUGAUUGCUGAUCUACAGAUUGAAGACAGUGAUGAUAUUUGCAGGUUAUUGGCAGAUCCUGGUCAGGAUUCGUUCAGAGUUGAUCCUGCAAUGGUAAUGGAAUUCCAGUAUCUUUUUCAGCAGUUUUCUCAAAAGUGUAAUUCAAGUGUGUUGCACGUGUUCGGUAACAAGACAUACAGUGAGACUGUUGUGACUGAUCAAGAUCGAAUCAGAGGUGUGAUAGAUUCUCUUGUGUACCUGCAAAAGGAGCUCCAGAUAGCAUUAGAUAAGUGUAAUAUUCAUGAAGAAGAGGCAGAUGAUUGUGACACGAGGGUUGAUUCCUGGGAUGAUGUGUGCUCAAAGUGUGCCACUCUGCGAUCACAGGUUACUAGUCUUGUGGGGUAUGUGCUGCAGGGACGAGACUGCCACAGGUGUCAACAGCUGCAGGAAACAGUACAAAGGUUGGCAUCGGAGCAUGAACAAGAGUUGCAGACAUUGCAACGAUGUCAGGAGCGAGAGAUGGCUCGAUUACAUGGUGAGCUAGAACAACAGAGGCGUUCACUGGUAUGCCAACAUGAACAAGAACAAGCACAGUUAAAGGAAAGAGCACGUCGGUUGGAGCGUCGACUGGGUACUCUUGAUUCAGAGUAUGCGCAACAGGUUGAAAAUCUUAGAGCUGCGUACCACAAGACACUUUCAGCUGGGUUAGAACGAGACAUUGAAGGUGAAGAAAAUAUUUGGCAGCGGUAUCAAGCUGAGAUUGAGCAACUUCGAGCUCUUUGUGAGAAAGGUCUGGUUGCCAUGGAGAAUUCACAUCGCCGCAUCAUAGCCGAGCUGGAGGAAAAACAUCGCCAAGAAAUAGAGCAGUUGCGGCACGAGAAAGAGCAAGCUCUGGCAGAGGAAACGCAAGCUACACUUGCAGCACUGGAUGCCAUGAGAAAAGCUCAUGAGACCGAAGUGCAGAAGGAGAUUACGAAGUUCAAGUCAGAAUUUGUCAAGAAGAUGCAGUCAACACAUGACAUUGGUGCUUUACACAAAGAACAUGAAGCCGAAAUGGAAGAAAUAAAGCAGGAGAUUCUGUCUCUGUCAGAAAGGUAUUCAGUGAAAUGUGUUGAGUCUGCAGCUUUAGAAGAACAACUGGGAGUGAUCACAAAACAGCUAACACAAGCCCAGCAACACAUUCAACAGCUGGAUGCCAGAAACAAGCAGUUGCGUGCACAUUUGGUUUCAGAAGUGAGUGAGUUAGAAGUAGGGUUGGAAGGUAAUGCAGCACAGCUGCUGCGCCAGCGUGAACAUGAACUGGAACAGAAGUGUGAGGAAGUAGAUCAGCUUCAACACCAGCUUGAUGCAGCCAAAACUCAUGGGGAGCAGCUGAGCGCACUUUGUGCACAGCUGAGUGAUGCAUACAUAUGUACCGAACAUUGCCACAGCAACCGGAUGGGACCUCUGUGGGAGCGACUGCGGCAGCUGGCAGCAGCUUGGCCAUAUCGCAAUACAGAUGCCCAAGUCCGAGAAGCAGACCACCAGUCCAAGCCAUAUGGUGUCACGAAGGCCCAAGGUUCCAAUUCCAGCAAGAGCAAACAGCGCAAGGAACCGCCAGCUCUUGCCACUGCAGAACUGAAGCGGUCUCCAAAGAAAAGCUGUCAUAGAAAUCCAUCAUUAUCGUCGACUUUUUUAUUGGUUGCUCCCCUCCGCUCCACCUCGCCCUGUCCCCUCAGCGGGAUGGUGGCCGAGCGAAAGAAGAUGUUCGAACCUUAAACAGUAGGAUGCUUGUUCGAGCGAUGUCUGAAGAGGGGAGGGGUGGCAACCAAUCAGUAAACCAAAAUGCUGCACGUCAAAUGGCCAAGGCCAUUCUGCUUGCAGCUAAGGGAAAUACAGCAAACUAUCCAACAGCUGACGGUGAUGAACACCGAGUGUUAAGAAGGGAAGUUAGCCAUACACCAUCAACAUCAUGUGGCAGUUUGGUGGAAUCGUUACUGCUGGAAGAUGGAAACUUGAGUAGUAACAUCAGUAAUAAGCAGUCAAAUGAUACUGAAGUAAAAUUCAAGCGAAUUGUUAUUUUAAAAACUGCAAUCAUAAAUAUGAUGAAACAUAAUAAUCAUAAAUAAUUGUGUACUGCAUUAUGUCUCUUCACAUUGCUUAGAGAUAAAUAGAAACACCAAAACUAAUUACACGUCUUGGGAUUAAAUCCAGGGUACAAGCUCAAGCUACUAUGAUUUCUUCUGUUUGCAUUAACAGCUGUUGCAGAAAACAAUCGUCACUAACUCCUUCGGAAUGUGCUCGUGUAAAUUUAAACUUUUGAUGGGGCAUUAUGUAUUGUUUAUAGUGAUGUUCGUAUGAAAUGCAUGAAAAAGAAAUUGCGCCGUUGGAUGUAGAUGGAGUUUAAGCAUAGCGAUGAUUGUAGUUUGAUUCUUUUUGCCUGUGAAGAAACAAUUAGGAAAAACAUUUUUAUGUUCUAAUUAACAUUCACCAAAUCUCGUCUUCAAAGAAUUUGUUGCUCACUAUGUGUAUGUAAUGUAAUUAUGUUAACAAUAGAAUAUUUUAUAAAUGUGUUAUAUAAAAUAAUUUGUAACUUAUCAUGUGUUCUAUCCUCAUGCUGUAAACUUACCAUCUUUUGAUGGCAUAUACUCAUUUUUUUGUUGUUGCUGUUGGCAUUUGUCAAUGUGAGCUGAUGUGAUGUGUUAAGCUUUACGUUGUUUAAUACCACCCCGUUAAUGUACAGUUACUGCACCAAUCAAACAAAGAAUAUAAGUUUUCCACACUUUAUCAUGUUACAAAUUUGACGCUUACAUUUAUUUAACAUUUAUGCUUGUUGAACUUGAAAGUUUAAUGUCGAGAAAGUGUAAUGCGAAAGUUAUUUCCUGUUAUAAAAUUUUUUAGUCGCAUAACACGAGGAACUAAAUAGUGACAAAUUUUUUAGUUGUACGAAUACAAUUUUUUUGUCCUGUUAUGGCAUGUAUGGUAUAGCAAAUUCACUUGAUUUUUUUGUUUUCAAAUUUAAAUUCGUUUGCUCAGGUAUGUCGAAUAUAAGAAUAGUGUAGUUAAUUUGUACAUUAAGCUAGCAACAUUUGAAUUUUUGAGGUUUCGAAACAUCUUCCUUUUUAUGGUGCAAGGUUGUUAGCCUCGCGACCAACCCCCAACCUGGACCGAAAACGGACCAGAGAACCAUAGAAAAAAAAAUUGAAUUUUUAGUGAUUUGUUGGGGUCAAGAUAUAGGAUCAGCCAGGUGUAGAUUAGGUUAAAAUGAUGUGUAAGCUUUUCUUGCAUGAAGCCCAUGGAUUCAUACAUCACCUACCUUUGUACAUGUAUUAGUAUGCUCAGUCCUUAACAUUGAAUUUAAAUAUAUUAAUUUAAGUACAAGUUUAAAAUUAUAUAAGUUGAUACCACCACAGGAUAUGUUAUUUGUGACUUCACCUUUUUAGUGUAUCAUAGGAAUGAAAUGAUAUAUUUUGCAUGUUGUUCCGAGUUUAUGGAAUUCUUUUUAACAUUUUUUAAAAUUCUGUGUGUACUUGUAUGUUUCUUUGGUACAGUGUAUAUUGUGAAGUAAUGGAUAGUUUAAUAACAUUGUCAUUCAGUGCAAAGAGAAUGAUACAAAUAAAUGUAAAACAAUGGUUGAAAUUAA